GUUGCAUCCUGAAUGAUAAUGUUAUUGUGGAAGCAUGUACUAAAAAGACUAAGCUCUAUUGGCCGUUACCGCGGGUGGCUUACUGAUCGUGGGUAAUGGAGUGCCUAAACGAUUUUGAGAGGAUACGGGUCCUAAUGCCGGGGCGAAGGAUUGGGGGGUACGUGUACGGCUAUCGCCUCGAGGCUAAGACUCUAACAUCCAUGCAAUCUUCACAUCGCACUGCAGCAAAACCAGCAUAACACCCUUCUCAAUACCGAAGUUUUGCCAUGUCUUCUGAGUCGCAGCCAAGGAUUCUUCUUUUCGGUGCCGGUAGCGUGGGAACAGUAUAUCUGUACCUUCUCAGCAAGGUAGCUUCAACUACUGCCGUCUGCCGCUCGAACUACGAAGUCGUAAAGAAAGACGGCUUCACCAUUAAUUCGUCGAUAUUUGGCCAGAAUCUGCACUUCAAACCCAACGUCGUACGGGAUUGUGAAGAAGCAGCAUCUCAAUCGUCGGAGCCAUUCGACUACAUCAUCGUUUGCAGCAAGGCUAUCCCGGAUACGGUACCGAAGCUUAUCGCUCCUGCUGUAACACCUGGACAUACGGCUAUCGUACUUAUUCAGAAUGGCGUUGGUAUCGAAGAAGAAUAUCUAAGGGCAUAUCCGGACAAUUCGAUCAUUAGUGCCGUUGUGUAUUUACCUGCAACCCAGCGGCCAGCCGGUGUCAUUAAACACGGCGAAGUCGAGCAACUCCAAGUCGGAGCCUAUCCAUCAUCUGCCGAAGGAACGCAUGCGAAAAAAUUCACAGAGCUUGUCACUUCUGCCGGUGCUACAGCGGAAUUCUAUGACGAUGUUCAGCAAAAACGAUGGUUCAAGCUACUUGUAAAUGCGUCCUGGAACCCUAUAUGUGCUCUUGCUCUAAGCAAAGACACGGAUGUACUCACUGCUUCGGAAGAAGCGAACGGUGUGGUUCUAGCUGUGAUGCUGGAGAUUCGCGAUAUUGCAGCUGCUCACGGAUACGAAAUCACAUUGGAAGAGGUAAACGUUCAGCUCGGGCGGGCGCAGGCCAGGAUUCCGAAUAAGUCCGGUAUCGAACCCAGUAUGCUUCAAGAUGUUCAGUCGGAUCGGAGAAUCGAAGUAGAGGCUAUUGUAGGUAACCCGGUCCGGAUGGGUAAAGAGAAGGGUGUGGCAUGUGUGCGGUUGGAAAUGCUCUACAUCCUCGCAAAAGCUUUGGAUAUUCAGAUUGGACGAAGAAAGUGAAAGUCGGUUUAAUUUAGGAACCGUGCAUGUGGGUUAAUCUCCGUUUCACCCCAAUUGUCUUACUUGGUUGUGGAUGUUUAUCAUCUGUUCUAUGCACAAGUCCAGCGAGUCCCUCGUCAACGAUGCCUUCAUAGCACCAUCCUUUGAAAGGGCGUGCUCCUCUACACGCAGAUAUCAUUUAGGAUCUG